GAAUUUUGCUAGAAUGGGGAGCUCGGCAACCAGUAACGUAUACAUCCAUGUCAUUGAAGACGUCAUCAGCAAGGUCCGCGACGAGUUCAUCAACAAUGGCGGCCCGGGCGAUGGCGUACUCGAUGAGCUCCAAGGAUUAUGGGAACUGAAGAUGAUGCAAGCUGGAGCAAUUUUGGGGCCGAUAGACAGGUCAGCCACGCAAAGGGGGGCCGCUGGUGGUCCUAUUACACCUAAUCCUGUGCAUGACCUCAAUGUACCAUAUGAAGGCACUGAGGAGUAUGAAACUCCCACUGCUGAUUUACUCUUUCCACCGACUCCACUGCAAACCCCUAUGCAGACACCACUGCCUGGAACUGCACAGACGCCACUGCCUGGAAUGGCUCAGACGCCAUUGCCUGGAACUGCUCAGACUCCUCUUCCUGGAAAUGAUAGCAGCCCGUUAUAUAAUAUUUCCACUGGUGGUACGCCAAUCACCCCUAAUGAUUAUGCAUCGCCAAAUGAAAAUGGUGGUGUUCCUGAGAUCAAAGGUGGACUAGGAAGACCUAGCCAAUUCAUGGCUCCACCAUCUCCUUGGUUAAAUCAAAGACCUCGUCUUGAUGUGAAUGUCGCUUACACUGAAGGUCGGGAAGAGGGUGAGAGGGGAGCGCCUCAUCAGCCAUCAACUCAGGAAUUCUUCUUGGCUACUGGAAAGCGAAAACGUGAUGGUCCGUAUCAUCCGGGAUACAUUCCGCAACAAGAUGGAGCGUCAGAUAGUCUGUCAGAUGAAUCAAAGGUGAAUGAAGGGGGUAUUCCCCAAACGCUCGAUCAAGAGGGGAAAAUGUCUGCUAGGAUUCCUCAGUUGGAUGGCCCUACACCAGAUCCAUAUGAUGAUGUGCUUUCUACACCCAAUAUAUACAAUUAUCAAGGAGUUGUCAGUGAAGACUACAACAUAGUGAACACUCCUUUGCCAAAUGAGAUGCUAGCAGCAACUCCUGCUCCUGUUCAGAAUGACACUGGAGAUGAUGAUGAUGAUGAUGAUGAUGAACCCUUAAAUGAAGAUGAUGAUGAUGAUGAACUGGAUGAUGUGGGUCAAGGGGAGGAUUUAAACACAACACAUUUGGUUUUAGCUCAAUUUGACAAGGUGACUAGAACCAAGAGCAGGUGGAAAUGCACGUUGAAGAAUGGGAUCAUGCACAUAAAUAAGAAGGAUAUUCUGUUGAACAAGGCAAAUGGGGAAUUUGACUUCUGAUAUGUGCUGAAUUUCAGAGUAAAACUGGAUAAUUUGUUAUCUCUCUCUGGCCGCUCUAGUUGCAGAAAAACUUGAUAGGUAUUAGGAUUGAGUUUUGAUCGGCGGCAUGUACAUACAGAGUUUUGGGUUGAGUUUUAAGCUCAAUCACACAUGUACAUUUCACUUUCCAUGCUUUUGGUGUUGAUAAUUUAUAACAGCAUCAUAUUUUGGUAUUCUCUAAUUUCGAUGUAUGUCUCUGAUUUAGCCGAUCGCUUAUACAAUGUAUUUGGCACACAUUUUAAGUCGCACAAGAGGUUUAAACAUUCUGGGUUUAAUGAGAUAUCAAGAACUCUUUGCUCGUGUA